UCCUACUCGCAAGUCAAAAUUUCAAUGAUUCAUUUCUGUCCUAAUUACAAUCUCAUUAACUGAAUCAGGUGAAGCUGGUUUCACACUGAGCAUGCUCAGAACUGGUUUAAAGUCCACGUUUUCAAUGAUAAAAGGGAUUGUCAGACUCUCCCUAGAAAAGCAGCCGAAAAGUUAGACCCAAAAGAUUUUGCUCCUGAUCCACUGUGUGCUGUCAGCAUGCCGUGGUGUUGCAAGUUCAUGGGCUGCUGGAACAAGGUACAAGGCACUGGAUGGCUUUACCCCACAAUCCUUCUGUGCAUCUUUGGAUUCUUCUCAUUGAUGCGACCGUCAGAACCAUUUCUUGUACCCUACCUUGCCGGACCUGAUAAAAACCUAACUACUGACCAGAUUACCAACAAAAUACUGCCAAUAUGGACGUAUUCUUACUUAGUGAUGCUAUUUCCUGUCUUCUUAGCCACAGACUAUUUAAGAUAUAAACCGAUUAUCAUUUUACAGGGAAUUUGUUUCAUUAUCUCGUGGCUUCUGCUCCUCUUUGCACAAGGUGUCCUGGCCAUGCAAUUCCUAGAAUUCGUGUAUGGCACUGGCUCAGCCACUGAAAUUGCUUAUUAUGCUUAUAUUUACAGUGUUAUUAGUUCCGAGCAUUAUCAAAAGGUGACCAGUUACUGUCGAAGCAUUACUUUAGUCGGAUAUACUGUUGCCUCAGUCCUGGCACAAGUUUUAGUUUCUGUUGGAAAUGUGUCGUAUUACUACCUUAAUGCCAUUUCACUGGCCUCUGUGUCUGUGGCUUUCCUCACUUCCCUUCUGUUGCCAAUGCCCAGUAGAAGCAUGUUCUUCCACAGAAAAGACGAGGCAGUGAAGUUCGAUGUCCCACCAUCAGUGGAGGACUUGAAUGCAGAAUCUGAGAGCCCUGGUCCUCAAAGCAAUGUGCAUAGGAAAACUUCCUCACAGCCAUCAGUAGCGUCUGAUGAGUCAGUGUCUCAGUACAAGGACAAGGGUUUGUUAAAGGUCCUCCUCCAACUGUGGUCUGAUUUCAAAGAAUGUUACAGCUCUCCACAACUGCUCACCUGGUCUAUCUGGUGGGCUCUAGCCACAUGUGGCUACAAUCAGAUUGUGAAUUACAUACAAGUGCUAUGGGACCAUAUUGAGCCAUCCGAAAAUGCCAUGGUGUACAACGGUGGAGUGGAAGCUGCAGGAGCACUUUUGGGUGCUGCUACCUCAUUUGCCGUGGGCUAUGUAAAGCUCGACUGGGAAGUUUGGGGUGAGCUGGCCUUGGGUAUCUUCUCAGCAGUGAAUAGUGCUGCUUUAUACACCAUGGAUCAGGUCGACAAUAUCUGGGUUUGUUACGCAAUGUACGUUGUGUUCAAAGCCUCCUAUGUUCUGCUGAUUACCAUAGCCACUUUCCAGAUAGCGUCUAAUAUGAGUAUGGAACGCUAUGCUCUGCUUUUUGGCAUCAACACGUUUAUAGCUCUGGCUCUUCAAACCAUCCUGACUGUUAUUGUGGUUGAUUCAAGAGGCCUUGGUUUGGAUAUCAUCACACAGUUCCUUAUAUAUGGGAGUUACUUCGCUGUAAUAGCAGGGAUGUUCCUUAUCAGAGGAAUCUGCGUUAUUGUUCAAAACAAGUGCAAGAGAAAGAGACAAAUCACAUCGGAGAUCACUGAGGAAACCGCAUCUCCAUCUGGAAAUGAGACAGACAUCUCAGAACGCUUCUAAAUCCAUUGAAAAUGAAGGCAAAAUUAUUUUCUUAUGGUCUUAAAUUUGUGUGCUCUUUUUACUGACACAUUGACCACAUUUCUGACAAUGUCUUGUAUUGUGCUACUGGUGUUGGUAAACAGCAGCAUAGCAGGAUAUGUGUCGCUUUAUUUUCUCCACCCCGCAAAAUGCUGAAUUUUACUGCAGCUUAGUUGUUGGGAGAGUUAUUUUGUUUAAUUCCAUGCAAAAUUUCCCAAUAAGUGCAAUAUGUAAUGUGCGCUGACCGAUAUUCCUUCUCAACUGAAAUUAAUUAACUACUCAACUCUUGAUAUAAUAAUCCUUGCAUUUGAUUUAGCAUCUUAUUGUCGAAACGCCUUAAAGCGCUUCACACGAUUUUUAUUCAAGGAGAGCAUUUAGUUCCCGAAAUCAGAAUAUGUUUGAUUUCCCAGCACUAAUAUCCCUCACCUUGUUGCAAACCGAAUGCCGUGAUGCAAACAGUGGUAUGGAAUGGGAGUUGAUGUUGGGUAGACUUUUGUAAAGCCCAAAUUCUGAAAGGGGAUGUGGUCAUGGCUUCAGUUCUAAGGUUUACUAUCUUAGAACUGGUCUUAACGUGAAGGAUGUCUUAACGUGUAAUAAUCCUAUAAUAAUAAAGCACAUAAUUAAGUGGG